AGGUUAAGUCCCGUUCAAACCGCGAUACAUGGCUUUAUCGAUCAAGUGUUUUGGCGUUUAGUGGAAUCAAAACAACGGCUGUCAUAGAAACAACCACACAUUUACCUCGUAAAUGUAACGAAGAUGAAGGAUAAACUGGCUUAUCCUAGGUUAAGACUCCGCCGCAGUACCUUGAACGUCGUGUCGCCAGUGAAUAGUAUCGGGGAGCAAUAUUGAUUUGACGAAGAUGAGCCGGCUAUGGAAUUAUUUAGUAUUUCAGGCAUGGAUGUCCUACUUGAUGGCAGCUGGAUUGUUAGUCUUCACGAGUGGCUUCCUCCUUAAUCGUGUCUCCAGGCCAGAACGGGCCGAAUGCAUCGAAUGCACAGCUGCCGGUGGAUGUGACCCAGCGAGCAUCUUCCAAGACACCGAACACGCCGCUAAAGUGUGCCUGGAGCGCAAAGCACGAGUGGUGCUCUUAAUCGUUGACGCUUUAAAGUACGAGUUUGCCGAGUGGUACGAGGAUAAUGCCUCGAUGUCCUCCUACCAUCGCAACAAGUUGCCAGUCAUUCACGAAUUGCUACAGAAGCAGCCGUCGAACUCACGUCUGUACAAAUUCAUGGCCGAUCCGCCUACCACGACUAUGCAGCGUCUGAAGGGUCUUACAACAGGCUCGUUGCCUACUUUUGUAGAGAUGGGAUCAAACUUUGCUUCGGAGUACAUUCAGGAAGACAAUCUUGUUGACCAAAACACGGCCGGAGGUAUCGUUUUUAUGGGCGACGACACGUGGACCAAUUUAUUUCCGGAUAAAUUUAUGCGACAGUUUCCGUCACCAUCGUUCAACGUGUGGGAUCUGGAUAGCGUGGACAAGGAUGUGCAGUAUCGCAUUUUCUUCGAGAUGAAGAAGAGAGAUUGGUCGUUGCUAAUAGCGCACAUCCUCGGGGUGGAUCAUUGUGGACACAAGCACGGCUCGCAGCAUCCAGAGAUGACCAGGAAACUGAAUGACACAAAUACGCUUAUAAAACAAAUCAUAGCAUCUCUUGAGAAGGAUACGAUGCUGUUUGUUAUUGGAGACCAUGGCAUGACCGAGACGGGAGAUCAUGGUGGCGAGAGUACCAACGAGAUCGAGGCUGCGAUGUUUGUUUACUCGACGUCUCCUUUAAUGGAAGGAUCCGCGUCUAACGACGAUAACAGUGUGAACCAAAUUGAUCUUGUUCCUACUUUAGCAUCGAUUCUUGGUACCCCGAUCCCCUUUUCCAACUUGGGGUCCGUAAUACUCGACUGUUUGCCAGGACAAGUAGGUGAAACUACUGGUCAAUUGUUGUAUUUGCUACAAUCUCUUUGGCGAAACAUCGCACAAACGAAAAAAUACAUAGAGACGUAUUCCGCGGAUACAUAUUUAUUCUCGAAGGAGCAGCUUCAGCAUUUAGAUUACAUAUAUAAGCUUCUCGCUGAGCAAGUUAAGCGCGUUGACAAUUUGGAGAAGCUGGAGGCGUUCGCUCGAGACGCCGAAGGCUAUUUUAAAUUGUUGAAGGAUACAUGUUCGGAAGUAUGGGUCCAAUUUGAUUCCAGUUUAAUUUCCAAGGGUCUAAUUUUGAUGUUCUGUCCCUUGUUUUUCUUUUAUCUCUUCAUCACCGGCAUCCCCGAGACUCGUAUGUGUGAUAUAUUCAAGUCUUCGUUCUUACAGUGUGCCAUUAUGGCAAAUUUGAUCACUGUUGCAGUUAUCACGUGUCUGUUCCUGCUGAAUAUUGUGGACGAGUUGAGAAACACGAUCUUCUUUGCCACUGGCACAGUUUCUAUCGCUCUACUGGUUAUAGUGAUUGCUCAAAACUGGGACGUUAUAUCAAUGUGCUGGUACGAUCAUCGUAGAAUUAAGCUGUUGAUCUAUGUAGCUAGAAUAAUACUCCUGGUAACGGUAGGCGGGCUCUUCUCCAACAGUUACAUAGUCGAAGAAGACAAGGUUUUAUCCUUCCUGUUUGUUACGCUGGUUUGUCUGCUCAUAUUUGAUUUAAGAAGAAACGAUACCGAUAGCAUCUCCGAAAGGAAGACUAGAUUUACGUCAAAGCCAUCGAAACCAAAUUUCAGGACGAUUGCGUUAGUUAUCGGUUUACUAGCGUGCGUCUCAGAAAGGAUAUCACAUUAUUUCUGGCGUUGUAGGGAAGAGCAUCUGCAAAGAGACUGCUCUACGUUUGUAACUGGUAAAGUUAGUUGGUCUACAAUGCCGAACAACUGGGAGCGUGCCCUACUUGCUCUUUUAUUCGCCUUAGUCAUCCUGGCGUCGUACGUGGUGAUCGUUAGAAUGUGGUUGAAGGACUGCGGGAACCUCACAGGCUUUGCGCCUAGUGUCAUGAUAGGACAGUACUGUCCAGUUAUCAUAAUAAUUUGCAUGAGUUGCUACUGGAUCCUGCAAAAGUUCCCAAAGUUUAUUAAACCGAGGCUGGCACUCUCUUGGGAGAUCAACACGCUACCUAACGUGGUCUACUUCUUUUGCGUACUCGCAAUUGUCGUUCUUUAUUAUCGCCCGCUCAGCAUAUACCUAUUGCCAAAGAAGAAGGAAUCCGUCGACGUUUACCGUGAUGAAAAUAUAAUACCUCGAUUAUUCGAAAAGAUCAAAGAUUCGAUAUCUCGCAAGGAGAUAGAUACCGACGAGCUCCCGGUCAUCUAUGGUUUCGGGACUGCCUACAGCGCUGCAUUUAUCUCGUUAAGCGUAUUCCUCAUACUCCUCUACUCAUUGCUGUUGGGAGACACUUUGUCGCCGAGUACAUUUUUGAUGUCUGUAACGUGUGCCUGCGUACUGGGCCUGUCCACCGUAGAGAGAUACAAAAACGCCAAUAAUAUUUCUGAACUUGUUGACGUGUCUAUGCCUGUACUACUGUGCUGGUUUCUACUGGCUGAAUAUUUCUUUUACGGGACCGGUCAUCAGGCGACAUUUCCUACCAUUCAUUGGCACGCUGCUUUUGUAGGAACUGGCGGUCACUUUUAUGGAAACUUAGUGUCAGCAAUUUUAAUUGGCAUCAAUACAUUUGGAUCGCACAUUAUACUGGGUAUGACAUUGCCGCUACUAGUGAUCGUGCCAUUCACGUUGCAUCGGGAGUUCCCAAAGUUUCUCAAAGCGAAGUUUUCUGAAGAUAUAAAGAGAGGUGAACUCCUCCUGUUCGAGCAAGACUCUGCCUUCCACGCUGCGAUUUUCUCCGUUGCCGGAAAAUACAUACUACUUCACGGAAUUCGAACUUUCGGCAGCAUGCUCGCGGCGACUAUCCACUGUCGGCAUCUGAUGGUCUGGAAGAUAUUCGCGCCGAAACUAAUAUUCGAGGGAUUAGGAUUUCUGGUAACACUAGGUAGCGUAUUAGCAUCGUUUUACAUGGUGUUCCGCAUCGACCAACAAAUGGAACACCUCAUCACCAGAGUCACGAAAGACAGAUGAUAAUAACUGCACGUUCAAAGGAUACAUAGUACAAUCAGCAGCAAAGUACCAAAUUCGUAAGGACACUUUUGCGGACGGACGGAUCCGAAAGUGGCUGUUAGUUACUUAGGAAGAUCGUAUUCCUAGCGAUUCGAGAUAUUACGGAUCUGUGAAACGGGCAACGCGUAAUACUUACCACGAUACUGCCAAUUUUCACAAUUUUAUAUGAAAGUGUAACAAAAGGGGGUAAAUGAGGGGUCAGACGCGUCUAGUGAAUAUUACGAAGGACGUUUCUCGUACUCGAGGGUACGGAAACCUGUCUCUCCACUUCUUCGAGACGGUAUUAAUGUUAGAUAUUGAUGUUCCACCUCGUAUAUAUAGAAUGCUAUGUCGUGUAACCAAACUGUGAUGCUUCCUAACACACUAACGCUAUCCUGCGUGCAAUGCAUUGCUGAUUGAAGACGAACGAAGCAACGCACUUGAUGCAGGAUUGCGUCCGUGUGCCGCGGUCUAUCUGCGCGACUGAUGGACACAUCGGCGUGUGACUGCUGUUGUUAGAGAGUACGAUUACAUAGAAAGUAGACUAGAUACCAUUAACAUCCACCUUUCAUAUCCUUCGAUACGUGUACAUAAAGAAAGUAUUGUGUAUUGUGAUUAAUUAAAAAACGAACUAUAUAAUAAAUUCAGUAUUUUAGAUCUAUUCUCUUCGUGUAUCUUCGUAUCUAUCGAUUGUUUUGUCGCAGAUAACUUUGAUUGGAUGACUCCACAACAUCACUGUCUUUCUUUUCAUCAUCUUUUCCCACAUAUACUUUUAUUGGAAAUAACACGAUUAAUCGUACACGUUUACUUAUAUGUUUCUUUCGGAGAGCAGCAUUUUUCUAGAUAUUUUCAUUGUGAUCUGAGUCACGUGUGAAUGCUCGAUGAAAACAAUACUCCUGCUGGCUGAAUGGCCUAAUGGUGGUUAUGAUGGUGCCUACUAUCUUCGUACUCAUUCUUGUGAUACUGCACCCAGUCGGCCCAUUUGUUUAAGUUUCCGUAAGCGUUAGAUUGCCCCUGCGACAGAUGAACAGAUGCCCGCGAUAUUCGUAAUUCAGAGACAGUGCACGUACUUAAUUGUAAUUAAUACUUUGAAAGCCUGGCGCUUGAGAGUUAGGCAAUUUAGGCAUUUGAAUCUGAAAACAAAUGAAGUUAUCACAUUUUAUAGGUACAUGCUGGUAACAUUCACUUGAUUAGACACGAAGAGAUCUCUUUGGCACAACGUCAGGUAACGACACAGUCCUACUCCCCAUUUACUUUUGUACGUAGGCUUCCAAGGUAUUAUCAUAUAUUAUUAUAUUAUAUAUUAUAAUAUAAAAUAUAAAAUUAUAAUAUAAAAUUGUACAUGUGCACAUUGCCUUUAUUAAAUUAUUAUCGAAUAAUUAAUUCACUGCUCUGUUAUAUAAUAUAUAAUUUUUAACUAUAAGAUUUAAUAAGAUUUACAAGAUAUGAGAAAAUAUUAACAAUUAUUCAAGAUGGAACAUGUCUUCUUUAUAACUAUGAACAGUUUUCUGUAUAUUUUAUAAACAUCAUGACAUCCUCAUUAAUUAAAAUAAAAUUAAAAUGAAAAGAAAA